AUGCUUAAUAGAUAGAAGGGAACAACUGAAAUUUAUAACUAAUAAGAACAGAUGGCGCCUCUAAAUAUUAGAAUGAUGAAAUAGAUAAAGGUUUCAACUUGUGAAAAGAAAGCUGUAUUAGAUUAAUUUAACAUUACUUACCUAAAUAUUAUAACUCGUAAAUAACAUUGUAUUUAAUAAUCAAACAAAGGAAUUAUUGUAAUUAAUGAUGAUACAGGAUGUAUUAGUCUUAUCAUAAAUUUAAUAUCAGAAUUUGAUCAUAAUUUAUUUAAAAAAAUCAAUUAAGAUUGUCCCAAUUUAUAUUACUAUAAUUUUAUAUUGAAAACUAGAGUAAUCAAAAAAGAUGUUGUUUUUGAUAUUUAAACUAUACAAUAAGUAAAUUAAUCAGCAAUGAUCACUUAUUAAAUGAUAAAGAUUUUAACAUGGGUAAGGUUAUAGGAAGGAUAGAAAUAAUAGAUAUAAACAAGAGGAGAAAAUGAAGAAGAUUAAUAAAUUCUUAUUGAAGUGAGUAAUUUGAAUGAGGAUGUAAAAACUAUUGUUUUAUAUAGAUCUUAACAUACUUAGGUUAAUAUUCAAAAUAAGGUAAAAGCUUAAAUGAAAUAAUACAAUAUUUCAGAGUUCACAAUAAUAUCGAACUUUAAGAUAUCAAGUAAUUUAUAUAUUUAUAAAUAGAAAAUCAAUUACAGUCUUAUUAAAAGAGGGGAAAAUAAAAAAUGAAGGUGAAAUUUAUUGGCAAAUUUUUCCUUAAUGA